UCCUGUGUUCAUUUCCGAAGCAGCCAGGCAGGGAUAAAAAAUUGCGGACUGCGCCUUUGGACAAAAAUAGAAAGAAACCGAGAGGAUACAUGCAAGGAAAGAGCGCUUUUCCUGAUCUCUGCGUCAACGUACGUGCUAUUCUGUGUGCCGUCUAUCUCUACAAUGAUAGCAGAUGUUCCAGCCAUUGACAGAAAAGCCACACCGCUGUCUGUAUCGGUGGGGUUCUGAGCCGUGCUGUUUAGCCAGCUGUGGGACAUCUGCCUCUUUGCCCGAGUGAACAAGAACAGUGCUCACCACUUCAGCACCAAUGCAGCUAGCCUGCCCUCAGAGCUCAGAGUAGUUGCAAGCCCAACACAGUAGUGCUGUAGAACGCCAUGGGGGUUUGGAGUGCAGGAGAGGCCAGAGAGAGGCUAAAAGUCGCCUCACCACACUGAAAGCGCCCUCUGCAGUUUUCACCGAGAAGGUGGAACCCGAGGUCAGGCUUAUUUGAUCUAGGAUCUCUCUCACACCUCCUUCAGUAAAGAUCCUUUCCAUAAGACCUUCUGAACACCACAAACAGCCCCUUGUACAAACUAGGUUAAGCUCUGACCCUGCGAGAUAUCCAUAAGCCAUUCUUUGGCAAGUGCUGUUUCCAAGGUUAAAGAGGGAUACAAGAGGCACAAUGCGUGUGAGUUUCUGUCAGGGUCUACUGACUGGGGCCAUUGCCCUAAACCUGCUGAUCCUGUACUAUGUGUCCCGGGCUCAGCAGCAGAUGAUGGAGAAGCGGAGGGAGCCAGGGAAGGGCUCUUCCAAGAAGGCGGCCCUUCCCGUGUCUGCGCUCGGGGCCGGCGCAGGGCUGGCAGGGGCGGGUGCUGGUGUGGCUGGGGCAGGAGGUGCUGGGAACGGCCGCAGCCCCCGAGUGACAGUGCUGGUGCGGGACUUUGAGGACUUUGAGAACUACGUGGGCGAGGUCGCCCGUUCUUUCCUGCGCCAGCGGCCUGAGCUGCCCUUCUUAGCAGUGGCCGACACCCCACCCUACCCGCCGCUGGCACUACCCGAAGGUGCCCGGCUUCUGGCACUAGCACCCAGCCCGGACCAGCCCCCUCAGGCCCACCGGCCCGAGUUCCACGUGCAGACAGAGUAUGUGUUGUUGGUGCCAGACGGCGUGGAGCUAGAACAGGGCCGUCAGUUAGAGCGGCUGAUCCGGGAGCUGGAGGGUGAGGGCGGGGGCCCGGUGCGGCUGGUGGCGGCGCCGGUGCUGGCCCGGUCAGCUGUCCAGUGCCUGCACCUGAGGGUCAGCCUGCGGGAGUGGACAGCCACCUACACACCUGCCGCCUCGGGCAGCAGCGGCAGCGUCUGCACCGCCCUGCGGGGCGACGCGGUGGUCCUCAUCCGCUCCGAGGACCUCUUCAACCUCUCCACCCCUCUGGCACGCCCCCUGCUGUCCUCCCUCUUCAUCCAGACCUCGCUCCGCGGCUGGAAGGUCAAGCUGCUGGAGGGACCCUGCUUCCCCACCAGCCGGCGGCCCCUCUUCAGCUCCGCCCACAACCAGUGGAAGGCGGAGACCCGUCUCCGGGAGGCUACCACCCGGCUCAUGCGGGACUUUGGCCUCAAGCGUCUGGUCCACCCUGAUGGCAAGGACCAGUGGUUCGGCUGCACCAAGGAGACGCCCCGCUGUUUCGGGACAGUGCAGGACGACACGCCUGAGUACCUUUACCUGGAUCGCUGGACCCCACCCUGCUGCCUGCGUGCGCUCCGGGAAACCACAAAGUACGUCAUCAACAUCCUGGAGAGCUCGGGGGUGCGGUACUGGCUGGAGGGGGGCACCCUGCUGGGGGCGGUCCGCCACCAGGACAUCAUCCCCUGGGACUACGACGUGGACCUGGGCAUCUACCUGGAGGACGUGCCCAACUGCGACUACCUGAAGAACCUAGACGCCGGCUCGCUGGUGGACGCCAACGGCUACGUGUGGGAGCGCGCGGUGGAGGGUGACUUCUAUCGGGUGCAGUACAGCGAGGCCAACCACCUGCACGUGGAUCUGUGGCCCUUCUACCCCCGCAACGGCGUCAUGACCAAGGACACCUGGACGGAGCACAAGCAGGACGUGGAGUUCCCCGAGCACUUCCUGCAGCCCCUGGUGCCCAUGCCGUUUGCCGGCAUCACUGCGUAUGGCCCCAACAAUCACCGCGCCUUCCUGGAGCUCAAGUUCGGGGAAGGGGUCAUCGAGAACCCACAAUACCCAAACCCCUCCAAAAAGAGGCUAGACAGAAGCAAGCUAUGAGGAGUAGGAGCAGAGGAUCUUGGUCACACCAGCGUAGAGUGUGGAGGAAUAGACUCACAAUGCACUGAUUGAAUUUGCCCGUAAGGUAUUGUUCAGACUUGCAGAGGUUAAGUAUUGAUUUACGUGUCAGAGCUGCUGUGUUCCACAGCUGUACAUUUUGAAGGAGCCUCGAGAGGACAUUUGAAGGACUACUGUCUCUCAGAGGCAGAAAUGUACAGAAAUGGCAUUGACACUGCACAGAAAUGACGCACAAUUCCAGUUUUAUGAAGUGUAUGUCUGUCCCACAGAUUGCUCCCAAUGGAAGUGCCCUGUCACUGUGUAGUGCCAACUUAUUUAUAGUAUAAAAUAAUCAGAGUUCCUCCAGGUCAGCCACAGAAAUUCAGUGUUUCUCUGAGUUUGUGGGAAUGCUGUGACAGUGUUGGUCAUGAGGCCCACUAAUGAAUCGGAUUGUUCGACAGCAGCAGCUUAAAAAAGGCAAUUUCACAGCUGAAAAGGGAAAGAAACAAUGUUUUGUCUGUGAUUCUGACUAUCCUGACUGUUGGUUGUCUGAAUGUGAUUUGUUUGUGUGCACUUGUUUGAAGCACCCAUGACAGAAUCUUUAACACUUGAAACGUGAGAUAAUUUGCAUUAAGUAUCAGACAAAAGGUACCUAAACAAAUCUAGCUAGCUUGUGCCCUUUGUCAGUGAAACUUGAAACUAUUGUAUGGCUACUACUGAGGCUCUGUAGAUGCUGUUUGUGCUUGCUUGUGUGUGUGUGUGCGUGUGUGUGUGUGUGUGCGUGUGUGUGUUUGUAUGUGUUUAUGUGUUGCACAGUUUCACUUUAUUAUUUGAGAUGUUGCACAAUCUGGUUAUCCAUUUCCAGUGUGAGAUUAGUCUCAAUUGUACAGUGAAUCCAAACCACCAAGGAAAGUUAUCGUAGGACACAAUGCUGCAACCUGUUCAUGGAUCAGUUUUAAAAAAGGAAUGGGAAGGAAUCUGUGCUUCCUUUGUCAGUUGUAUUACAGUAGCAUGCCCACGAUAGCUUGUCUCAGUCCAGAAUACAAAAUUACAGCAUUAUACACACAAACAGCUGAGAUGAAAGUAAAAGUUUUGAAUAACCAUCUGAAACCAUUCCAUUUAGCCCUGUGUAUGCUUUACUGAUCAUACAAAGCAAUAAGCAAACUGUAGUUCAACCUUUGUCAUUACACUGAGAAUGUAAGAGGGGCUCUGAGGACCCAAAGUGUCAGAUGAAGCUCUGGGUCCUUUCUGCUCCAAACCACUGUCCCAGGAUCAGAGGUCACCUUGCUCACACGUGAAUCACCAUGAACAUUUUGUGUAGAAAAUCAUUGAUCUAGGAUCAGUGUUGCGCAGGCAGACUCUUACUACACAGUUUUUAUUGUUAGUGAGACAAAGAAAGGCAUACUGCAGUGUUUGCAUGUGUUACCUGCUAUUGGAAAGGAGCUAAAAAGAGCAAUGAAGGGAAUACUAGGUGGGUGCUGAUCCAGGAUCGGUGAAUGGGGUCGACUGCCACACCAUGUGCAAAAAAAUACACUAGGAGGUGCCAACUCCAGACACAGAAACCUGCUGACACUAGUCCCUCCUAUCUCAGCCAGUGCUUACCCCAUUCUUCUUGU